AUUUAAAUUUAUUAUUAGCAUUUAACAGCAGUUCUAAGUUUCCUCUUUUUUUUUUUUUUAAUAAGCUGGAAAAUAAAAAUCCAAAAAUGCUAAAACGAAAAGGCACACAUCGACAUAAAUUAUAAACCCAGCCGCAGGCCAGCUUAGCUUUGUGUUCAGAGCACCUUGAUUUUGGAUUCAAACACGCCUUUUUCUUUUAUUACCUUAUUAUAUGAAUCAAAUCCACCAAUAUAUUGCUUGAGGUUGUCUGUUAUUAUCAAUCUCUCUAUUAACCCAAAUCCAUCUAAAUUUCUCCUUUAUAUGCCCCCUUCUUAUUGUAAUUCUUUGCAGUGCGACAAGGAACAAGGAAGAUGGCGGCAGGAAUGAAUCCAGGAGCACCGGAGAGAGAGGCACGGAGGGCCCAUGCCUCCAUGGCGUUGGUUCAACUCUUCAAUGGAGGGUAUCAUGUAAUUACCAAAGUAGCCCUCAAUGUUGGUGUCAACCAGCUUGUCUUCUGCGUCUUCCGUGAUCUUCUUGCCCUCUCUCUUCUUGCCCCCCUCGGCUAUGUUCGUGAAAAAAGGAUUCGACCACCUAUGACUAAACGCCUCCUUCUUUCCUUCUUCUUUCUUGGGUUAACUGGGAUAUUUGGCAACCAACUUUUAUUUCUCAUUGGUCUGAGCUACACAAAUCCUACAUAUGCUGCUGCCAUACAACCUUCAAUUCCAGUCUUUACCUUUCUCUUGGCUGUAAUGAUGGGUACAGAAAGAGUGAAUUUGCUCAAAACUGAAGGUCAAGCAAAGGUUGGAGGUACCCUGAUAUGUGUGUCUGGUGCGAUAUUAAUGGUUCUGUUUCGUGGUCCAGCUUUGAUUGGACAGAAAGAUGCAGACUUUGCUCUAAAUGACAUAAGUGCCAGGGGUCAACCAGAACCUUCUGGAUGGCUUGUGUCUACUCUUCUGGGAUUUGGAUUGGAACAUUGGCAUAUUGGAGUUCUAUGCUUGAUAGGGAACUGUAUGUGCAUGGCUACUUUCCUAGCUAUUCAGGCUCCAGUGUUAGCCAAGUAUCCUGCAAACAUUUCUGUCACAGCAUUUUCCUAUUUUUUUGGUGCCAUAUUGAUGGUUACAACAUCCUUUUUUAUGACCAAUGAAUCGACAGACUGGAGGUUGACGCGGUCUGAGCUUUUUGCUGUCUUAUAUGCUGGAGUUAUUGCAUCUGCUCUUAACUAUGGACUCCUGACAUGGUCGAAUAAGAUCUUGGGGCCUGCUUUAGUUGCUCUUUAUAAUCCUCUUCAACCUGCAGCAUCAGCAUUUCUAUCAAGAGUUUUCCUUGGAAGUCCAAUUUAUUUGGGAAGUGUGCUUGGGGGAUUUCUAAUAAUUGCUGGUCUAUAUAUGGUCACUUGGGCAUCCUACAGAGAAAGGCAUACAGCUAUGGGGAUGCUGCCUCAUGUCAGUCGGUCUUCUGAACCUCUCGUUCUCUUAAAAUCAACCUCCUAUCACCUAAAAUCAAAAUUCGUUUCAACACUAAUCUUUCUCCCAUUCAACAUUCCAUCUUUAUUGUCGGAUCGAACCUAAUUUUCUUAUAUAUACUUCUCAUCGAUAGCUUCCUUCUGACAAAUGGGAUCAGCGAGAGAUCACCAUCAAAGCCCUGAAAAUCCGAAACUUGAAAUAGGAAGUCUUCAUUCUCUCUCUCUCUCUCUCUCUCUCUCUCUUUGCUUUCUUCUCUUUGUUUCUCCAAUCCUUAAAACAGUUAUUAAAACUUCAUUUAGAAUAAUAAAAUUUUGUAUCGCAUCGAUAUAAAAUAAUAUUGAUCGAAAUAAAUGUGGUUAAACUAAUUGAUUCUAGUUUAAGGCGAAAAAUGGUACGUACCGAGACUUCAUCAAGCAGGAGGAGACGCCAUAAAUCAAACUUUUGGUUAUGGGGUUGUAGCAUUGCAAGUUUUAAAAUGUAUUCCCUUGUUGGUUUCACACCUACUAUUAAUUCAGCUCCCAGCAAGUAAUAAGAUGUGGGAUUUGGGUAUCCUAACGGCUCCAUACAUGGCCAUUUCAACUUAUAAUUUGAUUGGGUUCCUCGUUUCUUCAUGUAACUAACAACAAAUGUGCCACAUGAACACACAGAAUGCGUGCCCUCUUAUUUGGAGUAUCAACUUAGAAUCUGCUUACAGAUCUCCAAUACAUUUCUAUACCUUGGAGUUCAUCCGUUCAUGUGACUAAGAAAAGCCAUGAUAAUCACAGUCUCA